AUGGCCCAUGCUCAUUUGUGUUCCACCAUUUCCAGCGAACUUGAGGAACACAUUUCAAACAAGAAGGAAAUUGUUCUUGAUGGCUAUAACCUUUCUCCCACCGGAGUAGUGGGUGCAUCCAGGUACGACAUACCAGCGAAGAUCAGUAAUGAUCCAGCUUUGCUGAGGGGAAUAGAGGAAAGCGUUGAGUUCCUGGCUUCAAAGCUCGAUACCGCCAUAUAUGGAGUCACCACCGGAUUUGGAGGGUCAGCGGAUACCCGUAGCGAUUCAACCGCAGAUCUGCAAAUGGCCUUUCUCGAGCACCAAUUAUCAGGUAUCCUUCCCCUUUCCUCGAAUCCUUCAUCCGCUGGGUUUUAUCUUUCAGACCCGAUGAACAAUGUCAUGCCUGAGGCUAUGACUCGUGGUGCUAUUCUCAUACGGAUAAAUUCACUUGUCAGAGGUCAUUCUGCUCUUCGAUAUAGCGUUUUGGAGACAUUGAUGACCCUGUUGAAGAAAAAAUUGACUCCAAUGGUACCCCUCCGCGGAUCCAUCUCCGCUUCCGGAGAUUUGAUGCCGCUCAGCUAUGUGGCUGCUGCGAUCUGUGGGCAUCCUGCUAUCAGGAUUAUUGAUAGGUCCUCUGCCGAUGGCCAGGCAGAGAUACUCCCAGCUGCCGAUGCUCUCGCCAAGCACGGAAUCAAACCGAUUGUACUCGGUCCCAAAGAAGGUUUGGCGAUAAGCAAUGGAACUGCUUUCAGUGCAAGUGCAGCUUGUCUAGUAGCCCACGAUUCCCAUAUGCUGCUAAUGCUUGCUCAAGGGUUGACUUCAAUGACUGUGGAGGCCAUGAUGGGCCAAGCUCAAAGUUAUGACCCGUUUAUCCACGAGACUUGCCGACCACAUCCUGGGCAAGUAGAGGUGGCCGAAAACAUAAGAUCUAUGUUUGAGGGAAGCCGUUUGGUUAUUCAUAUGGAUGAGGAAAGAAGUGUCAACCAAGAAAGAGACCAAGGCAUUUUGCGUCAGGACAGAUAUGCGUUACGCACCGCCCCACAGUGGCUAGGUCCUCAACUUGAAGAAUUGCUGUCUGUCAAUAGAACACUGUGCUGUGAAAUCAAUGCUACCACUGACAACCCUUUGAUUGAUAUAAAAAACAAGAAAAUCCUCAACGGUGGCAAUUUCCAAGCAAUGUCCGUCACAAAUUCGAUGGAGAGGACAAGAUCCUCUUUAGAAUCCGUUGGGAAGUUGAGUUUUGCUCAAGCAAUCGAGCUGAUGAACUGUACCAUGAGCAAGGGCCUCCCCUCAUGUCUAGCGGGCGAUGAACCUUCAACUAAUUACCACACCAAAGGAUUGGACAUCAAUAUGGCCGCGUACACGGCUGAGCUUGGAUUCCUAGCCUCGCCUGUUUCCACGCAUGUUCAGAGCGCUGAGCAGCACAACCAAUCGGUUAACUCUUUGGCACUUGUUUCGGCUCGCUACACUAUCCAAGCCGUAGAGGUCUUGUCAAUGUUGUUGAGUGCACAUCUCUAUGUGGUGUGUAUGGCCAUCGACCUCCGGGUCAUUGAUCAAAUGUUCAAGAAGGAACUCGAGGGUCUUCUCCCAGCCUUGCUCGACUCUCACUUCAAAUCUAAACCAACACAAGCCUCCGAUUCGUUGAUCGGUGCCUUGACUCCGAGACUGGAAGCUACUGCUUCUCUUGACUCUGACGCUCGGUUCUUGAAUGCUUUCAAGCAAACUUCGCACAUCCUUCUUGACUUUCCGGUCGAUUUGGAGGAAGCUCGGAGUUGGCCUUCCUUCGCCGCGUCGCAGUCGACUCUACUGUACAAACGCACCCGUGAUCAGUAUUUUGAACAUACCGAAGGUUUGCUCGCCGAGGAAUGGUUGGGUAAAAAGAAUAAACACCUCUACCGAUUUGUGAGGAGGGAACUUGGUAUUGGCCCCAGAAGGGGAGAUGUCCGCUUGGGAAGACACGAAGACUCAGUCUCAGUGGAUGUUUCCAAGAUUUACGAAUCUGUCCGUUCAGGGGAAUUAUUCAAGUUCAUGAAAAUAUUGUUCUGA